UCUGUUGCUGAGAGGAACAGCUAGUUGGUUAACAAACUUGGUGUAGUGUACGGCAUUACGUGCAUUUGGUACAGGGAACCGAAGUUUCGUAAUGUCGGGGAACAGCGUCUGCACCGCGCUCAAUCCUUUAUACCUGGUCUCCAAGCUACUGGGGCUCGCGCCGUACCCUCUGGGCAAGACAGGAACUGCCAUUCGGGACGUCAGCAAAGCAAAUCGCUUUGGGGUUUCCACUUUACAUAACUAUGUGAUGAUUCUUUUCAUGUUGGGAUGGUUCUUUUUCCACAUUACCUGGGAUGCGAUUUACGUGUACCCGAAACUCUCCAGUAAAAGUCUUAUCCCUGUUGUAAUUCGAACUUGUACCUUCACAAGCACAUGUCUCUCAACCUUGAUCCUCUCUCAUCGUGGAACUCUUAGCGAGUUUUGCUCGAAAAUCUCAUUAGUGGAUGAUAUAUUACUGGGAAGAAAGGCAUCAUCAUCUUACAUAAAAAUAAGAGUAAUGAUUAUCAUUCAGAUCUUGUUAGUGUUUGUUUAUUCGUGCAUUAUGACUCUUUUUGAUACGAAUGGACUAAACAUUAAUUUGAUAUCUGUCGUCAAGUACUGUGGUUGGGCUGUUGGAAGAACCAUAAGCAUGUUCAUGAUUGUACACUUCUUGGUUUUUGUUUGGAUUUUGAAAAACAGAUUUUGUAAACUAAACGCACAGCUUUCAUCUUUGGUUGAUCGUCGGUUUGAAGAGCAGCAUUUGGUACCUUUAUUUUCAACGUUGAAUUCUAUGAAUAAGGCGGAUCUUGCAGGUGAAUUUAACUUCAUAAGUGGACCUGAGAUCGUCGGCAGGAAGGGUCCUUUGUUAUUCUCCCUCAGCAAGGUCAGAAGCCAUGUCCUUCAGUACAACAGCGACAAAAUUCGUGCUCUGCGCCUAGCACAUGGCGUAUUAUGUGAGAGUGUACAGAGAAUAAAUUCGGAUUAUGGAUUUCAGAUUCUUUCUGAAGUAUCUUAUGCUUUUAUAUCUUUCGUUAUGUUCAGUUAUGUUGCAGUGGAAGCUAAAAAUGAUCCCACUCUGGGUGACUGUGGGAAUGGAUCGUCUUCGUGCGUCCGAGUUCUAAAAGAUCUCUUCAUUUCCUGCCUCUGCAUAAUCAAAGUUUUGACUAUUGCUGCGUCAUGUCAUGCCGUAAGUUCUGAAAUUUCUGCAACGUUAAAAAUUGUUCAGAAGUUGUUGUCACCAAGGCAUAUUAGUGCUGAUUCGCUUGCAGAACUUCAGCUGUUUUCUCAGCAACUGUGGAACACUGAUCCAAGGUUUACAGCUCUCGGAUUCUUUGAACUCAACUUAAAUCUUUUGUGCAGCGUGUUGGGAACCGCGACUACAUACAUUGUUGUCCUUCUUCAGUUGAAAUAGAUACGGAUAGAGAAACGCAAAUAAUUCGACGUAAUGCCAGUAAAAUUGUUGUGCUGUAACAUCUGUCGAAGCUCUUGCAUCUUUGACGUCUCUAAAUGUAUGAAGUGUUGAAAUUAACAGCAGAAAGUUCAGAUUUCUGCACAAGAUGUAAAUCACAUUGUGAGUGAUGUUUCUGCUAUACGUACACACACACAAACACACCCUAGUUACAAGACGGCCUUUAUCAUGUACGAGUAUAUAGAACAGCGAUUGCAUUGUAUUCUUGAGGCAGCUGUGGAUGAGUUUGCAUCUCUACGACAAAUAAGUUUACAGCUGAGGUGUUACGUAGUAAUAGCGAUGAAGAUGUUAAUGAGAAUUAUUAUUAUAAUAUUUAUUAUUAUUUUAAAAGGUAACAACAUCGCACCAGCCAAGCAGAAAACGUCAUACUGAAAUUUUCAUCAUCAAUACAAACAUAUUUUGCAUAUAUGCUGAAAAGAAAUGAAUGUCUUGUAAUAAGUGUAGGCAAGAACGGAUAUUGAAUAAGAAGUCUGUAAAAUGCGAGUCUAUUUAAUGUAAAAAUAAUGGGUAA